UGCCAUCAGCCUUCUGGUUUUCUGCUGAUUCUGGGUUUCUACUGAUUUGUGCUGUAGCUCUAUCCAAUGUGGGCUGUCUGAUCUUAAUGUCAACAACACACCCAGUGUUUACCAGUUUUAUUGCUGUUAGCUGGGUCCUUGGGUAUUAAUACAAGUCAUUUUCAUAAUCCUUGCUAUAUUUUCUUUUGGUUUUGCUUUCAUACACACAUUCUGUGAUUUAUGUCUUUCAUUCAUAAUAGUAUUUUUGUUACAAUUCUCUAUGUGCUGGCCAACUCACUUCAGCAAACCCCCCUGUGCCUAAAGAUGGUCUGAUGGGGCUCUAUGUUCAUACUGGGUAUAACAGUCCUGUGCGAGUUAUCCAGAGCCUGCAAUGCCCUUCCAUAGCAGUCAGAUCUGUGACCCAGCAAUCUCCUUCCUCCUCUGUUCCACAACCAGCCUGGAUCUUCAGCACAGGCAAGGUGAAAAAUUUUGGUUUGACUUUCUGAUUUCGAAUGAGGGACAGCUCUUUCCGUGCCUUAAAAUAGGUAGAGACUUUUUAGAGAUUUGAAAAUGGAACCCUGGAGCCUAGGUCAUCGUGCAUUUUUGAAAGACGUGUUCUGAAUCUGUAUCGCAUUACUGCUCAGCUGCCUGGCUUUUCCUAGACUAUCCGAAAGUGGAUCUGUAUUACUGUGUUCCAAAGGGGCCUUAUUUUAAUAUCGCACUGAAAUACUGACAAUGAAAGCCUGUUACUUUAAUUAGGUGGUAACCCCCAUCAUCCUGGGUCUUAGGACUUUGGGUAAGAAGAGGUUGAUUGCUGAGGUAAAUUUUUACCAUUACGGAGUUCAUGGGACUAAUUUUACUGUAAAUUUCUAUUUUACAGUUUUUACUGUUAUCUCCCUUGACACCUUCCAAAUUCUGCUGGACACAUGAUGCCAGAACAAUGUGCUAUCUGAAAAAUCAAAAAGAUUUCAGUCAAUUUUCUGGAGACAGUUAAUUCACAGGCCAAGAAGACAAGUUUAACCACAACAAAAUACAUGGUAAAGGAGACAAGGAUUAUCUAAUUGAAUCAGAAACUCUAGAACUUACACAAAAGUUUGUCUUCAGACACCUUUCCUAAUACAACAAAACUCAGCAACCUUCUGGCUAUGAUCAGACUGUGAGGUGGUUCAAGACUCAUUUCAGCUCUGAUGCAGAACUGCCAAGUAGUACAAGACUAUAGUAUACACCUCAUCUCUCAGCUGCACACCAUUCACCACUCGGUCUUAGGCUGGGUACCAAGAAUCUCUCUCUGAGGACUGUCAAACAUCCCAGUGAAGUGACAAUUUUUAGCUAUUGGUUUAGGUUCCAGAUCAAGGAAAAAUGGCAAUGGCAGAUAUGCCAGCAAAAGUUAGAGAAGCUGUUUUAGCCCAUGCCUUGGUCCUGUUGUGAGAAAACUGACAAAUAAGACAAAGGUGAUUGAAAGCUGGUGAUGGAAAGCCAGCUCUGCACUCUCCUCCCUCAACCUGUGAAACCACCAACUGCUGUUUUGCUUGAUGAUUGACAGCUGUAUUCUGCUUUUCCUCUUAGGACACUGAUCACAAGCAAGCUGCAAAAUUACACUUCAAACAUUCCUUAGGGAGAAGAAAACAACAUUUUGGAAGUGAAUAUUACAAUGCAUAUUUUAGAGACAGGGAUGGCUCCAAGAGAUUAAGCUUUUUUCUUGGAGUUACAUGCAUUGGGAAUGAGCAGGACUUCAGACUAUACUAUAAAACAAUCUAGAAAGUCGAUGCUUCAUCCCUGUAACAUCCCUAUAACCAUGAGCCUUUUUUCCUGUCAGCACUGGCCUCCCAUAGAGACACUGCAGCUGUGCCGAGAGGGUGAAAAAUGCAGGUAAUUCCUAAAAAUUAUAUGUGCAGUUCACACCCCGGAAAAAUCAUGAGAUAAAGUAGACAGCAGCAGAGAAAGUGAUAUGAUUUUUUUUUCAUCAUGAGCAAAAGGCAGAAGAUAACCUGAAUGCUGCUUUGACCAAGACAUAGAGCUUCUGAAAUGCCACCUGGCACAAGCCAGGGGACUAGUCCAGUGGUUCCCAGCCUUUUUAUAGCUGAGCCCCUCUCAAGAGAGUAAUCAGUAUUUCACACGUCACCGAAUCUAUCUGCUCACCUGCUUCAAGGCUACCAUCUCCUCCCCAUCGCUCACAGUGCUUCUGCUCGAGUGUCUGCUGUGUCCAUGGCCUCAUAUUACAGCCCAGUGAAUGUGAAACUGUAUGUCAUGCCUGAUGUGCUUGGUUCCACUGUGCUUCCAGGUACUCUCCUUACUAGCAUGCAGGCAUCUCAAAUGACAUGGACAACACAAGUUCUGUGCUGUGAAAAGCUGCCAGACAUAUUGGCAAAAAUAUUUGCAGAUAUCUCAGCCAUUUUCCACCACCUACUGUAUUAGUGUAUUAUAUGAGGGGAAAUAAGUAAGGCAGUCUGAGGAAGAAGAGGAAAAUGAAGAUGCUUGUCAUUUACAAAAGUAAAUAAUAAAGGUAAAGGAGUACUUGGGCUUAAGGAAAAGAGACAGUGAAAAGGUAGGAAGGAGUGGCCAUUUCCCUCCCUCUUUAAUGCAUUGCUAAGACCCUGUCUUGCAAAUACAAUUGCACACCUGCAAAUGUAUUUCAGGGCAGCACAGAUCCAAGAUUUGUUCACUGUAUUAAGGCCCAUGUCCUUCCCAAAUAAAUGGGAUCAUUUGGAAGUCACCUCAGUGAAAACCACAAACACUUAAGAACAUUAGCAAUGUCCCCUUGCUACCAGCAACUGCAAUCUUGUGCCUGCAUGCCUGGCUUAGCAGAAAUGCAACUGCAAACAGCAGAAGCAUGUUUGAGUAAAAAUAGUAGGAACAAGCCCCACUUUUCACAUGGCUUACCUCUGUGUUAACAGAGCAGGAGCACUCCUUUUAGAGGCACAGAAAAGCUGUUAGUGCAUGGGCCGCUGUCGUAAGGGGUGCCCUGGAUUUGCUGGGCAUGCACUAAAAGAGAAACGGCCACUUCAAGCCAAUUCUCCCCAAAUGCUGAGCUACCCUGAUGUACACCCAGCGAUCAUGCAGCUAAGGAAGUGACUGCAAAGUCUUCAUUGCUCUCUGAUGAGGUCCAUGACUGUUUUUACACCUUCUUCUCUAAAUAAGGAAGCUGCCUGCAAGGCCUCUGACUGCCCAACCAAUUUGAUUCCUUUGCUUUGCGCAGCCAAUGAAACCUCACUCCUGCCUCUGGUCUUGGAUGACAGCACUCAUCAAACCCCAGCCAGCCGGGGAGGAUGGCAGGUUAGUGUUACAGCCAUGCCAAGCUUACCUCUGGCAAGCUGUUGAUGUCAGAGUGAUGAUGUGGGGAGGGACAGCCUCUGCACUAUAAAGAUGGGUCAAUCAAAUACAACCGAGGCUGCCCACCGGAGAGCAGGACCUCCAAAACAUGGUCCCCACCAGUUUGAGUCCUGCUGGCCUCUCUCUGCUUUCAACCCAACUGCUCUCAGGCUUUAGUUUCAUGUCAGCAAUCUCUAUUUGCUUUCCAAAAAUAAGCUUCUGCCACCAUGCUGAAGGGAGAAAAACAAGAAGGGCGGUAUUUUUAGGGCCAUUAAUUCUGACCACGUGCCCAGGAGUUGAACCGGAUGACCACUGCACAAAGACUUCUCAUCACUAUGUUCUCCAAAGCCAGCAUUCAUCGGACGUUGUCUGCUUUCAUUCUCCUGUUUUUUUUAGCUGGGAUUGCUUCAACAUAUCCAGUUGUAAGCAGAACUAAUGGCACAUUGCUGGAAAGAGGAUGGCAAUCUCUGUUGUCCAGGUCCAUUGCUGGGAUGUCAGGGGAGAAGUCAGAUGUGAACUGGGAGAGUGACUAUUUGCUAGGAAUCAAGAGGCAGCGGAGGCUUUAUUGCAACGUGGGCAUCGGGUUUCACCUUCAAAUCCUCCCAGACGGAAGGAUAAGCGGAGUUCACAAUGAAAACCAAUACAGUCUCUUUGAAAUAUCCACUGUAGAGAGAGGUGUUGUUAGCCUGUUCGGUGUGAAAAGUGCUCUCUUCAUUGCAAUGAACAACAAGGGGAAGCUGUAUGGAACGGCUGUUUUCCAAGAUGAAUGCAAAUUCAAAGAAACCUUGCUGCCCAAUAACUACAAUGCAUAUGAAUCAAAUGCUUACCACGGUGCUUAUAUAGCACUCAGCAAACAUGGGAGAGUGAAGAGAGGAAAUAAAGUUUCUCCAGCUAUGACAGUGACCCACUUUUUACCAAGAAUAUGAACAUGAACAAAGCAGAAGACUUAAUCCCAGGAAAAACUCUUUCAUUUUGCACAUGGGAAUAAUCUCCCAGGUAAAGUAUUUAUACUGUUCAUUGAAAAAAAAAUCUAUAUGUGUAUAUUUGGAUAAAA